GCGCGGCCAGGGGGCGGAGCUCUUGCCAGGUGAGUCGCGGACCCAGCCCCGCCCCGCCGUGGGCUCCCAGGUGUGCUAGGGGCGGAAGCCUGGGAGCCCAGAGAAGUUCCAGCUCCAGCGUCCCAGCCGCCGGCCGUCAUGGCCGAGUCUCAGCUGGCCUGCCUGGAAGAGGCGAACGUGAACGAGAAGGUGACGGAGGCGCAGGCUGCCUUCUACUACUGCGAGCGGCGCCGGGCCGCCCUGGAGGCGCUGCUGGCCUCCGGGGACCGGACCUACCAGGACGUGCUGACCAAGGAGCGGCUGCGCGACUUUCUGUCCGGACCCGAGCGCCAGGCGCUCCGGACCGACUGGCGCCCCUACGAGGUGCAGGCACCGGGCCCUGCCAAGGGCAAGGGCAAGGCCAAGGGCCAGGCUCCCGCCCCUGCCGAGCCUUCAGCCUCGCUGGCCUACUGGCCCGACCGUUCGGACACCGAGGUGCCCCCGCUCGAUCUGGGCUGGACAGACAACGGCUACUACCGGGGCGUCAGUCGCGUCACCCUGUUCACCCACCCUCCCAAGGAGGAGAAGGCGCCCCACCUCAAAGAGGUGGUCAGGACGAUGAUCCAGCAGGCCCAGAAGGUCAUCGCGGUGGUUAUGGACCUUUUCACAGAUGGGGACAUCUUCCAGGACAUUGUCAAUGCUGCCUAUAAGAGACGGGUCCCCGUGUACAUAAUUCUGGACGAGGCAGGCGUCAAGUUCUUUCUAGAGAUGUGCCAGACCCUGGAGCUCAAUGAUUUCCGAAUUCGGAACAUCCGAACCCGCUGUGUGACUGGUGUUGGGUUCUAUACUCCUACAGGAAAGGUCAGAGGGACCCUGUCCUCGAGGUUCCUAAUGGUAGAUGGUGACCGAGUAGCGACAGGUCUUACAGGUGACUUUACGUGGCGAUCCUCCCACGUGGACAGAAAUCUUCUCCUGGUGUUGACGGGGCAGCACGUGGAGCCCUUUGAUGUGGAGUUUCGGGAACUCUACGCCAUCUCAGAGGAGGUGGAUCUGUACCGAGAACUGGGACUGACGGGCCUCAAAUACUCGUCCACGGUGGCGCGUAAACUGAUCAACCCAAAAUAUGCCCUGGUGGCAGGCAGCCGGCAACCUCCUGGGGAGAUGAUGCGCUGGGCGCGUCAGAAGCAGGAGGCCAGAGGCGGGGACGAGGAUGAACCAGAGGAGGGAGGCGGGGAAGGCUCCGAGUCUGCCUGGCGCCUCGACGACUUUCUCCACGACCUGGUCACGCUAGACCAGGUGCUACCCGUGAUGGACCCUCCACCCCUGGAGGAACUGGCAGCCUGGAAAGGAGGCAGACGAGCAGAACCAAAGCCCAAGGGUGGGGAGCCUUCUGUCCAAGCCGGGAAGAGCGAGGCUGCCAAUGGAGCGGCGGCCGCCGGCAAGGAGGGCAGACGCCUGGGCAGCAAGUUCAGCUGGAGGUCUAAGCGUGCUCCCGCCACCAACGGCAUGGUCAGCUCCCUCUCCAGUGAGACCUUUUCUGAAGGGGAUUUUGUGGUGGUGAGGAGGCCGGCCAUAGAACUGGGGACCCAAACCGGCAGCAGUGUGCACAGGAACGGCAGUGUCUCAGGAAGAGCAAGCCUUAGUCCCACCAAGCAAAACAAAUGUGUGAUUUCAUGAGUCUGGCCACCGCCAGCAUUGGCCAAGACCCACAUGUGGCCCAAGACUUCUCAUGCUCCUAACCCCCCAACAACUGCCUUGAAAAAGGCUCCUGGACGGACCCCUGGGGAGCUGGCCCUUUCCCUCCGGUCAGCAGCCUGCUGGGCCUCCGUCCUCUGUCUUGGCUGGCCUCCUGAAUGCUGGCCACAAGUCCUGGACAAAGUCAGUUCCCCAGCUGUGCUGGAAGAAAUCAGCUCCAUGUUUACAUUUAGUGGGAGUGGGGAGGGACACCCCUACCUUUGUGCCUCAACUUGAUGGGAACCAAGGAAUCCUACCAGGCUUAGCUGUUGUCUUUUUUCCCCCCUUUUCUGCUUGUUGCUGGUGAUUCUGGGCCCUUGGGGCCUGCCAGGAAUCAGGAGGGACUUAAACCAGGAAAGCAGGAACAACAGAGUAAGUGUCACGUCAUCUCAAGGAGAGGAGGCGAGUGGGGGCGGGAGGGGAAUUGGGAGGUCGAAACUCGUGGUGCUGGAAGGACUAUGCUGUGGUAGAGAGGUCAGACUCAUCUGCUCGACCUUGGAGAAGCAGUGGGCGCAUGGUACAGACAGGGAGAUUCAGGCUUGGUGUCUGGGAAGGUGAAGUGGAAUGGGUCGCCUUGGGAGGAAGGGAGUCCCCCUUCCCCAGAGGUAUAAAAGGGUAAGCUAGAAAUGGAUGUUACAGAGGGCAGGGCAGACUUAGGCGCCUCUGAGGGGAGAAGCAGGGGUGAAGGAGAAAGGUACCCUCAUCAGGGUUACCGGUUUCUAGUCCUCAGUUCAUGGAGAAAUGUUGAAUUUCUAUACCACCAAGAUUAUUUCCAAAAAUCCAGCUGAGGAAGCAGAUGGGUUUCACCUGGCUGGCCUAGCACAGCCAGGGGAAGGGGUGUUUGUAGGCUUCCUAGAGAGAGGGGGCCCAGUGCCGUGGGGGAGCCCCUGGGGGCCUCUGCCUGGAAAAUGAGGGCCAGACUGAAGUCUCAUGCCCCUCCCCUCCAAGCACCUUCUAUUACCACCUCUUUUGGAUCAUUGGAUCUCAGGAUUCAGAAACUGGAGCAGACAUUGGGGCCCUUCUCCCUCUUCCAACCUCUCCAUUUUCUAGCCAAGGAAGGAGGUUCCCAGUGGGGUUGGAGGCAGGGGGACUGAGGGGCUAAAGUCCUGAACAGGCACAAAGGGGUAAGAGCUCACAUUGCUCUCAAUCUGGGGUCUCUGAACUUGUUUUUUAAAUAUUUUGAUCAGUAGAUUUCAGCAUAAUUGGUGUCCUUUGUCAUCCUAUGGAUUUUUUAAUGCAUUUAAAAACGUGAUUCUGAGAAGGAAUCUCUGGGCAGACCGGGUGCCCGGGGGUCCAGGACCCAAAGGAGGUGGGGAGAAGAGCACUGGGUCUGAGAGUCUGAGUUCACGUGUCUGAAUUCCCCCUCUGCUGCCAGCACUUGGGUGAGCUCUGGUGGCUAAAUCUGCCUCAGUUUCUUCAUCUAUCAAAGGAGGUUGGCCUGGUGACGUCUGAGGGCCCUCCCAGCUCUCAGUCUGUGAUCCUCAGGUAGGGAGUGCAUGUGUCAGCCCAUCUUACAGAUGAGACCAACGUUUGAUGGCUGCCCCUGGUCACCUAGAUAGGCUCAAGAUUAGGGGCCACCCUUCGCUCGCGCUCUCUCCCCUUCCCUGCCAAGCUUCUUGGGGUCGGGGCUAUUUUGGUUUUGCAUAUGUGUGCCCAGCUAGUGCAGCGCCUUCUUAAUACACGUGUGUGGAAUGGAGUUGAGGCCUUGGAGCAGAGGGGCGUCAUGGAGAGUGGAUCAUCCUCGGAGCCAAAGAUACCCGGGUUCCAAUCUUGUCUCUGGAGCUGUAUUCAAAAAAUGGAACUCAGGCUGAGAUGGUCUCCAAAGCAGUCUGGGCCAGUGGAGUGCUGCCAGGCUCUGUGUGUGUGUGUGUGUGUGUGUGUGUGUGUGUGUGUGUGUGUGUGUGUGCGCGCGUGUGUGUGUGUGUGUGUGUGUCUGUCUGUCUGUCUGGUGUUAAGAUGAAACAAGGGCCCCAGGGAACACAAGAGAGAUUUGGCUCCUAGACAGCGGAGAAAUCUGUAGCUUAGACUGGCUGCGUUUCCACUCCAUCUCUACAGAAACAUGAGUUCUUCUUUCCCUCUAGUUAAAAGCCAUGAGGCCAUAGCUGCUCGGCCCAUGAAGCAAAGGCAUCAUGCCUGCCUCAUGCCCCUACACGUGGCCUUACGAGCCACUUCUACUCGCUCUAGAAAAUCAGCCACGUGGCUCUGAACUGAGUCAGGAGACCAGAGUCCUAGGAUGGCUUCAGACGUUAAUGUGCUCUGUCACUUUCAAUGAGCAAACUUUGUCGCUGCCUCCCUCCCCGCCUUGGGGUCCUCAGUUUCUUCAUCUGUAAAAUGGGGGCUGGGGGUGAAUUAGAUGAUUGUCACUUCUGGUAGUCUCCAGAUUUAUCAAAAUGUCAGACGAUGGAAGUCAGGAAGUCCCUGGUCUCCAAGGGAGUAAUAAAGAGCUAGAGCCAAAGAGAACAGAGGUAAGAACGGCACCUUCAUGGGCAUACCCUGGUACAGUGGCCUCUGGUAUGGCUCAGAGUCAGAGGACCUGUGUUUGAAUCCUGCCUUCGAUGUUUACUACCUGUGUGACCUUGGGCAAGUCACUACACCUUAGUCUCCUUAUGCACAAAAUGAGGGCAUCUCCUACAUGACAAGGAGACCACCAGGCUUGCCUCAGUUGCUCAUGUACAGCAUACUUUUAGCCUUGUUUAUCUCUUUGGGAAAUACAAGUGGGACAGCUUUGGGGGAGGGUGUUGGGUGGGAGAGGUGUCAAAUUGAGGUCGGAAGCCAGAUCCUCAGAGGUGAGUAGAGAAGCCUGACCUGAAGUGGGGACAGCAGGCUGCGCAUCUUCAAAUCGAGUAAGUUGGAGGGGGGUGACAAGAGGGAGAAAGAGGGAGGCUUAGAGAGAGUCUGGAAAUGAUGCAGUGGCCCAGAAAGGUGGAGAUUUGUCCUGAAGGUCUAGGAGGCCUCAGGGUGGGGCCCAGCGCCACCUUCCCUGGGCUUGACUUGUCUCUUGGGGUUAGUGAGUCAUUGAGGAGGACCCCACAGGAAGGUCUAAGGUGUUGCCCCGUGAGGGCAGAGGGGGCUGACCAUCAGCAGAGGACAGCAGUCAUGGCCUUGCCAUGGUGUGAUCCUUUAACGCUAUGGAAGCUAUUCCCACUUGUUGGCCUAACGUGUGUGCACGGGUAUUUACCUAAACCCUAAAAAAAGGGAAAGGUAACUCUUCCUAAGGGGGAGUAGUAUUGACCCCACGGCUGGAAUUUGUAUCUCAGAUCAGCUAGGCACCUAGCAGAGUCCUGAAGAGAGGUGGUCCAGGAGAAGGAAGGUCUGCAGGAGGAAAGACGGGCAAAAGAUGGUAGUGUGCUGAGUGUGGUGACCUGGGGAAGCUAAGGGAACUGGGGGAGAGAGGAUAUAAUAAAGGGAAGAGGAACUCAGGAUGGGGCCUCAUCUGCCUCUCCUAUACACACAUCCCUAGGCCUGUUCCAUGUGUGUAUUCAUUUAUAUACACAUGCAUACUGUGAUUUAUAUGGAACACAUGUAGACAUGUAUGUCUAUAUAUGUUUAUAUAUACACAAAUAUAUCCUGCAUACAUACACAUACAUCUGUGUGUAUGUAUGUGUGUGUCUAUAUCUCUGUCUCUCCAAACCUGUGAUUUUCUUGUCAAGGAGAACCUAGGAGCCUGGACACUUGGCCCAUGUCUCCAGACGAGCCAUUCUCUGCCACUGAGAGGCCUAGAGGGUGGUCAGGGCCCCUGACAGGUUACAGGCCUGGCCCACAGCCACGCGGCUUAUGUGUCCAUCUGAGGACUUAGGCCCAGGCCUUUCUUAUUCCAAGGACUGCCCUCCCUCCCUAGGGCACCUACCUCUUUCCUUGCAGAUAUAAAUACUUAUUGAAUUCAGCUGAAAAUGAGUGCAAAGAUGGGGAACUAAGGAUGUGAAGUGUUGCACACACAUUGUUAAUGUACUGCUUUUGCAGAACUGUGGGGUUUGGGGGUAAUUUUUCUUUUCUAAAUCUUUGUUAAAAGGGAAAGCUUGAUGACAGGAAGCGGGGAGGGAAAUGAAUGUGAAGUAAAAAAAAAAAACCAAGAACAACCAA